GCAAGCGGGUCCAGGAGCAGCGGACGCGCGAUGCCCAAGUGGAAUGUCCGGUGGAGGCCCGGCCGCAUUCUUGGACUGCUGCUGCUGGUGAUCUUGAGCAUACUGGUGCUCCGCAGGGUGAACUGGUACAGGCUGACCCCCUUGUGGCUGAGGCAUCGGUGCUUGGGGCUGCCGGCCAGAGGGCAGAACUUCAUGCUGGAGGACUCGGCUUUCUGGAUCUUCGGGGGCUCCGUGCACUACUUCCGGGUGCCCCGGGAGUACUGGAGGGACCGGCUGCUGAAGAUGAAGGCCUGUGGCCUGAACACCCUGACCACCUACGUUUCGUGGAACCUCCAUGAGCCGGAAAGAGGCAAAUUCGACUUCUCUGGGAACCUGGACCUGGAGGCCUUCGUCCUGUUGGCCGCGGAGGUGGGGCUAUGGGUAAUCCUGCAUCCGGGCCCCUCCAUCUGCAGUGAGAUGGACCUCGGGGGCCUGCCCAGCUGGUUACUCCAAGACCCCGACAUGAGGCUGAGAACAACUUACAAGGGCUUCACCGAAGCAGUGGACCUUUAUUUUGACCACCUGAUGGUCAGGGUGGUGCCACUCCAGUACAAGCACGGAGGACCCAUCAUUGCUGUGCAGGUGGAGAAUGAGUAUGGUUCCUACAACAAAGACCCUGCCUACAUGCCUUACGUCAAGAAGGCCUUGGAGGACCGGGGAAUCGUGGAGCUGCUGUUGACCUCAGACAACAAGGACGGCCUGAGCAAGGGGAUUGUGGAUGGAGUGCUAGCCACCAUCAACUUACAGUCACAACACGAACUGCAGUUUUUAACCACCUUUCUGCUGACUGUCCAGGGCGUCCAGCCCAGGAUGGUGAUGGAGUGUUGGACGGGCUGGUUUGACUCGUGGGGCGGUCCCCACAGCAUCCUGGAUUCUGCAGAGGUUUUGAAAACCGUGUCGGCCAUCAUCAACGCUGGCUCAUCCGCCAACCUGUCCAUGUUCCACGGUGGCACCAACUUCGGCUUCAUCGGUGGAGCCGUGCACUUCCAGGACUACAAGUCCGAUGUCACCAGCUACGACUAUGAUGCGGUGCUGACGGAGGCCGGGGAUUACACGGCCAAGUACACAGGGCUCCGGGAGUUCUUCGGCUCUGUCUCAGGGGCCCUGCUUCCUGCCCCACCUGACCUUCUUCCCAAGACGGCGUAUGAGCCAGUGAUACCAGCUUUGUACCUGUCCCUGUGGGACGCCCUGCCCUACCUGGAGGAGCCGGUCACCUCGGAGAAGCCGGUCAACAUGGAGAACCUCCCGAUAAAUGGGGGAAACGGGCAGUCUUUUGGGUACACGCUGUACGAGACCACCAUCACCUCUUCUGGCAUCCUCAGUGCCUAUGUGCGGGACCGGGGACAGGUGUUUGUGAACACGGUCUCCAUAGGGUUCCUGGACUAUAAGAGGGAGAAGGUUGUCAUCCCCUCGAUCCAGGGGUUCACGAUGCUGAGGAUCUUGGUGGAGCAUCGCGGGCGAGUCAACUACGGGACUAAUAUUGACGAUCGGCGCAAAGGUUUAAUCGGAAAUAUCUAUCUGAAUGAUUCUCCCCUGAAAAAGUUCAAAAUCUACAGCCUGGAUAUGAAGAAGAGCUUCUUUCAGAGGUUCCACGCAGACAAGUGGAACCCUGUCCCUGACGUGCCCGUGUUCCCUGCUUUCUUAUUGGGGCCGCUGUUGGUCUCCCUCUCCCCCUGUGACACCUUUGUGAAGCUGGAGGGCUGGGAGAAGGGGGUUGUAUUCAUCGACGGCCAAAACCUUGGACGCUCCUGGAACAUCGGGCCCCAGGAGACCCUCUACCUCCCAGGUGCCUGGUUGGACCAAGGCCUCAACCAGGUCAUUGUCUUCGAGGAGAAGAGGGCGGGUCCGGUGAUACAGUUCACGGAAACGCCCUGCCUGGGCCGGCACCAGUACCUGAACUGAGCAGCCCCCAGGCCUCCUGGCAGGGCAACAGCAGGCCCUCCUGCCCACGGCUGCAGUCCAGACCCUCCCCUGCACAACCGGAGAAGCAGGUUGGGGGCGAGGGAGGGCCCCUCCCCGAAGAGCUUCCCGGCUCUGUGGCUGCUGCCGUCCACCUUCACUGCUCCCGCGGGCGGGAUGGGGGGUCUGGCUGGGACUGUCCCCCGUGGGGGUGAGUGGGGCACAGCUCCUGGACAGUCUGCUCGGAGUGUCCCCGUGGGCCCUGUUUCUGAGCCGGGGGGCGCGUCACCAUUUGUGGAGGGUGGGGGCACCUGGGCCAGCCUUCUCCGCCAUCCAGGGAGGAAGUCGGUGCGGUGGAGGGACCCCGGCCCCCUUCCACCCCGCUUGGAUCGCCUCUGACGGUCAGGAAUGUUGGGCCUUACCUCCCAAGACAGCAUGUUUCCCUCUCAUUCCACGAGGGGCAGUGCCAGCCCAGGAGGAGAGGCAGCUGCUCCGGAGGGUCCAGGAGGCUGUGGGCAGAAGGUGCGGUCGCAGGGGCCUGGGCAGGAGUAUUGGGGUCCCGGGGCCCCCGCCCUGGGCCAGGCGGCGGGCUAGGGGCAGCCUUCCUUCCAGUUGUCCGUCCAGACCCCAGACAAGCCCCCACGGGAUGAGUCCCGUGUUAGGGCUCAGGUUCGCUGCCUUGAAUUGCGGUAAAGCCACAG